AUAUUUAAAGUGUCAUAUAAAUACAAAUAUUUUGGCUGAAGUAGAAAUGAAAAAUUGAACAAAUAAAAUACAGUUAGAGCUCGUGCGAAAAAGCCCUAAAGCAAAUUUUAUUCAAAAUAAUUAAACAGAAAACAAAAACAAAAUAAAAUAAACGUUUCCAUUGUUUAACCAAAAAUUAAGAGGAUACCAAAGUUUCAUUGAAAAGAAGUUUGCAUCUCAAAUAACAUUUCAUCGGAAAUUUUCCAGAUGACAAAUGGUUGUAGAAUACGAAAAUAAGUGUCAUAAAAUAAUCUGCGUGCCAUAAAUGUUAACAAUUAAAAUUCCAUUAAUAAAAAAAUAAUGAAAAUAUACAUUUAAAAUUACACCUGAACAGAAAGAAGGAAAAUAUUUAAGCACAAGUGUCGGCAAGUGUCAAAACACAAAACGCAAUAAGUAAAAGCUCACAAAACAAAGGAAAAUGUUUUAAAAAAUGAAUGCAUAGAUAAAUACAUAUAUGCUAAAUUAUUUAUAUAGAUCAAACAACAAAGGGAUUUAAACAAUAAGAGCGUGUGAAAAAAGUGAGACAAAGGGAAAAGAAAACAGAGAGGAUCUCUCAAUUCGCAUUUAAGAGCCCGAAAGUAAUACUCGAAAUGGCGAUGCCUCCCCAAGGAGGCGGUAGAGGCAGAAGCGUGCUACUGCUCUUUAAUUUUAUGGCGAUUCUUCUACUGCUAAUACUCAUCGUGGCCGGGAGUGAUCUCAAAGGAGCAUCGGCAGUGUUCACUACCACAGCUCCACAGAUGGGAAAUCACAGUCCCCAUCAGCAGCAACGUCUGCAGCUUUUGCAGGAGGCCCAGCAGCUGGAGGCGGCCCAUCAGCGUCAUCACCAUCUGAGGCACGAGCAGCAUCUGCGUGCGGAGCUCGAGGGUAAUCAUAAGCCACCAUCUGUGGGAGUCGGACCUGGAGCUGCAACGGCCAUGAAGCUAUUCGAUCAGCAAUUGCCGGCGGUGGCCACGGGACAGCAGCAGCACCAUUUGCGUCAUCACAAUCGCCACCAUGUGACCUGGGAGCAGAGAGUCUUCCCCGCGCUGCGUCACCAGCAGCAUCGUCUGGCCAUGAGCUCCACUGCAAGACCCAUCGUCACCACCGAUGCCCCACAUCCACCCCAUUCAAUGAUGAGCAAUCACAGUCGCUACUUUGAUCGCGAUGGAAUAUAUCCGCCAUGGGCUGAACCCAGGUCUACUCGUGGACCCAACUGGCGGCAGGAGGUGGAGGUGGAUACCUCAUCCGAAGACGAUGAUGAUGACGACGAUGACGACGACGAUGAUGAGGACUACGAGUAUGAGGAGGAUUCCAGUUCCAAUGCCGUGGAUGAAGAACUGGCCCGACAAAUGCCGCGUUAUUCGCUCUUCAGUCAAAAGUUGCCACACAUCGAAUCGAAGGAAGAGGAAUACGAUGCCUACGAUCAGUCCGACGAAUCGGAUGUGAACUCUAACAAAAAUAAGCAUCCCAGUGUGGGUAAUCCCCAUGACAAGGCAGCGGCCAAAAGGAACAUCUUCGAUUGGCUCUUCAAGAGGGAUAAGGAGAAGGAGCAGGAUAAGCAGAAGACCCACAAAGACCAUGCUCUAGUGGUUGUCAGGAAACCACACACGACAGAAAAGCCCGCAGAGAAGGCCACAGAGAGACCCACAGUGAAGCCCAAGUUGCAGCUAAUCGACGCCAAUCUGCAGGAGGAGGACGAGGAGGACUCCCCCGAUGACUCCGACACCGAGGAGAGCUUCUCCAACGAGCAGUGGAACAAAAUCGAGCACGAACACCAUCUCAAGCAGCAGAAGCACCAGAAGGAGCUGCAGGCCCUACGGGAGAGUAGUCGCAACACGAACACCCCACUCAUAAGGGGAGCCGGUGCCUCUUACAACAUUGAGAAUGAGGAUGUUGAAAACAUUUACUCACCCAACUACAUAACUGGAAAGCUAACGCAGAGAAAGGAGGAACAGUUGGGUACGCCAGAGGCAGCGCUCAAAGCCAGACGACAACAAGCCCUGAUGCAGAAGCGGGAGAGAGCUCUGGCCCAGGCCCAUAUGCAUCAGGUGAUGACGGAUGCCACCUGUCGCGUGCCCCAGCCCCGUUGCCAGCGCGUCCAGCAGGACCCCUCAAAGAUCUACACGCCCCACUGUACCGUCCUGCACCGCUGUAGCGAGGACAGCGGCUGCUGCCCCAGCCGAACCCAGAUCUGUGCCGCCAAGAGCACCCACAACGUUGAAUUGCAUUUCUUUGUGAAAAGCAAUAAACAGCAUCGACCCAUUAUCGAGAAGAGAACUUUUGUGAAUCACACCGAAUGCCACUGCAUUGAGAGGUCCAAUUUCAAGGAGGAUGCCGUCGCCCUGGCCAGCACUUCCAUUGUAAGGGCCACCAUCCUGAGUUGCACUUGUCCGCGCAGCUUCGAGGUGAUUCUGCAGGACAAUGGCCAGUGCCGUUGUGAUUGCAGCUCCGGCAACUACGACUGCGACUGGCUGAAGCGGGGCAAUGAGCACUUUGCCGUGGACGAUCGCAAAUGCAUAAAACACGGCGGUUGCAAGCCCCCAACCUGCGAGUACGGCCACUACAUGGACAAGCAUGGACGCUGCCCCAAGCAGCAUGAGCAGCCUUCCGUCUAUAAUGCCAUGUCGUAAGCGCAAGGAGAAUCCCCCUCCCAAGUAAACCUGGAAAAGUAUUAUUCGGUCUGUGUACAGUCUCGCAGACAGGCAAAAGUUGAAAAGGCAAAAACCAGGAAUGGAAAGGCAAAGGAAAGGCUUUGCGCAAAUGAUCCAUAAUUUCCAUUCAAAGAGAAUAAAGAGAAUUUAGUUGCAUAUCCUAUACAAAUCCCAUACGAAUAAAACCACAGAAAUCUAUAUAGAUAUCCUGGACAUACAUACAUAUAUUGAUAUAUCUGCUGAUUGUGUAUUAGAUGUUUUACAACCAAAAUAUUUUGCCCUCAAUUUGAGUAAAGUAAAUGUCUGUAAACCCAAUAGCUGUAAAGAAAAAGUAUCUACAAACGAAUUCUAUAUCUUCAGCAAAACAAGAAACAAGACUUUUUCGCGCAUGUUUUAAUCCAAAAAGAAAAGAAAGAAAAAACUCAUAGCAACUGCAACAAAAUGUAGAAUUGUUCAUAAAUGUUUCCACAUUAAUUAUGCAUAUAAAAACAUAUUGUGAGGAAAACAAAGUUAUGCGUAUUCUAUGAUAAAGAAAAAUGAAAUUCCAAAUAUAUAAAUUGACUGCGUUUUUAGUUUUAAUUAAGUAAUGUUAUGUUAUUU